AAAUAUGUAGGUACCAGCAGUGGUGUGCUGGCUUUCUCUUCCUUCCUUGGAAUCAGGACGAGAUCGUCGUUGGGCUCCGAGUUCAUACUUUCUUGUCUUGAUUCAACCUCUUAACCUUCCGUCUACCUUGCCCUUGCUGAAACAUCAUGGUCGAUUGGACUUCACCUGAGGCGUUGGCUCUUCAAGCUGCUGCUUUCUUGAAGCUCAACCAUGCUCUUGCAGGCAUUUACUUCUGGGAGUUCGCCACCUCGUUGGACUUUGAUUGGGCCUUUAUUUCUGGCAAGAAGAAGUUCCACUGGCCGAUGAUCUUUUACUUCCUUGGCAGAUACUUCCUAUUCUUUGCCCUCAUCGGAAUCCUCAUCGCUCUGGACACAACAACGAAAAUUAACUGUCAAGCGCUCUACACGUUCAAUCAGCUGGCAGGAAACGCCUCAGCGGGACUUGCCAGUAUCAAUCUGGCGCUCCGCACAAUGGUACUCUGGAAUAAUAGCAUGUACAUCGUUAUACCACUGGUCGCCGUUAUUCUUGGUCACUGGUCGCUUAUAUUACAAGGUGUACUCCUUGAAGCAGCUUGGGUUGAUGGUCAAGGUUGUGUUAUCACGCAAACUAAUAAUACCAUACUGGCGGCAACGUUCAUCUAUUCGAUGUGCUUCGAUCUGUUCGUGUUGGUACUCUCUGCAGCAAAACUCCUCAGCCGUCGAGGCUCAUCUCAGCUUGUGACUUUGCUUUUCAAAGAUGGCUUGGUUUACUUCAUCAUCGCAUUUGUGUCCAAUCUUAUUGCCACCAUAUUCAUGUGUAUGAGCCUAAAUGCUAUUAUGAGCGUAAUCUUCAAUGUCCCAGCAGUCGUUGCAUCAACAAUUGUUGCCAGCCGUGCUGUUCGGCGUCUGUCGAAUUGGUCAAGUAGUGGUGUUGAAGUCUAUUCUGCAGCCAGUGGGUCCAGGAAUGGUCCUACUACAUCUCACAGUCGGACUGCUCCACCUACUCUCUUUACUCGUUCCAAGCCGGGUGAAACUAGCGUGCAUGUUCAGAUGGAGACGUUCCGAGACAAUGCCAGUGUCAAUGUGCAAAAGGCUCACGAUGCCGAACUUUCUGACAUUGAGAGCAACACGGAGUACAAACCUCAGUCAAUGUAAACCCCCCGAAAAGACCUUGCUGUUAUCGAUGUCCACAUAGAUGUAGAUAAUAGAUGUUGUACGUCCGUUACCUCUUUCCUAUCGGAUUGCUUCGUGCGUUGUCUGAUUAUGGUCUUGAAGGCAUUCGUCCAUGGUGCUCCACUGAUAUACCCCACGCUCUUUUUCAUACCCUACAUUCUUUUGCAUGUUGCUAUCAUAUCUUUUGUUAUAGCCAGCGUUGUCGUUAGUGCUGCAUAGUCCCUGACUUUCAUCUCGUUGGAUAUGAUGGAACUGGUCUCAGCGAAGCCGGUGUCCUCUUUAGUAAAAUAUGUACUUUAUAAUCCAUACGAGGUCAAUGUGAUCGUUUAUUCUUGUAAGCUGCAUGAUACCGUAUGGUGGUUGACUAGAGCC